CAAUAGGCUCCGGUAGGAACCAACAGGCUCCGGUAGGAUCCGUCUAUGUCGUUCCCGUUACCGAGGCCCCGGCGGCCGCAGCUGCCUCAGCACCGGAAGCGGAACAUCCAGUGCGGACAGGGAGCGGUGAGAGCCGUGCGCUUUACCGCCAGGGGCAGUUACUGUCUGACCUGUGGACGGGACAAGAGCCUCAAGCUCUGGAAUCCUCACAGGGGCUCAGAGCUCAGCUCAUACCAGGGACAUGGACACGAGGUCCUGGAUGCGGCCGGCUCCUAUGACAACAGCCACAUCUGCUCCUGUGGGGCAGACAAGACUGUGGCUCUAUGGGACGUGGCUACAGGGCAGGUGCUGCGGAAGUACAGGGGUCAUGCAGGGAAGGUCAACAGUGUCCAGUUCAAUGCAGAGGGCACAGUCAUUGUCUCAGGCUCCAUUGACUCCAGUGUUCGGUGCUGGGACUGUCGCUCCCGACGCUCAGACCCCAUCCAGGUCCUGGAUGAGGCCACAGACGGGAUCUCAUCUGUGGGGCUGUCCGACCAUGAGAUCCUAUCCGGCUCUGUAGAUGGUCACAUCCGUCGCUAUGACCUCCGUAUGGGGCAGCUCUACAGUGACUACGUUGGCAGCCCCAUAACCAGCGUCUGCUUCACUAAGGAUGCUCAAUGCACCCUCAUUGCCAGCCUGGACUCCACAUUGAGGCUGCUGGACAAGGACACUGGAGAGCUGCUGGGCGAAUAUAGGGGUCACCAGAGCACCAUGUACCGGUUGGACUGUGUGUUGAGUGAGCAGGACACACAUGUGGGGUGUGCAUCUGAGGAUGGACACGUCUACCUAUGGGACCUGGUGGAGGGCUCGUUGGCCUGUAAGCUGCCUGUGGGGCACAGUGUGGUCCAGUCCAUCUCCUUCCACCCCACAUCUCCCUGUCUGCUUGCGGCCAUUGAGGGGCAGAUCCAGCUCUGGACAGAGGAGCCCAUAGAAGAGAUGUGAUGUGGGGCAGGAUGUGGGGCAGGAUGUGGGGCACAGUGUGGGGCAGACCCAUUUGUGCCCCAUAAGAUCCAAGAUGUGAUGUGGGGCACAAUGUGGGG